AUGGGCAGAUUAAACGGCUUAGAGCUUUACAAUUUUAAAUCUUAUAAGGGAACUGUCAAAUUUGGUUUAGGUACUUCUGACUUUACCAGCAUUAUAGGCCCAAAUGGUUCUGGAAAAUCUAAUAUGAUGGAUGCUAUUUCUUUCGUUUUGGGCGUUAGAAGUAGCCAUUUAAGAUCAAAUGCCUUAAAGGACUUGAUUUAUAGAGAUAGAAUUUCAUCACUUGACAAAGAAAACCAAAUUCCAGAAAAUGAGCAAAAAGAAGUUGAUAAUAAUAUCGAAAACGAUAAUUCUGAAACAAUUAAAGCUUAUGUCAAAGCCUUCUAUACAAAAAAUUCAGAAAAUACUCCUACUGUUUUUGAAAGAGAUAUUAGAUCUAAUGGGGAUAGUGUUUAUAAGAUUGAUGGUAAACAAGUUAAUUUUAAGAAUUAUAGCAAGGUUUUAGAAAAUGAGAAUAUAUUAAUCAAAGCUAGAAAUUUUUUGGUUUUUCAAGGUGAUGUUGAAAAUAUUGCUUCUCAAUCAUCUCAACAAUUAACUAGGUUACUUGAGGAGAUUUCCGGUUCUAUUGAAUAUAAAAAUGAGUAUGAUGAAUUGAAUGUUCAACACAGAAAUGCUUUAAAAGACUUGACCGACUCUAAUUUUAAAAAGCGAAGAUUGCAAACCGAAUUGAAUCAGUAUAGAGAAGAUGUUUCUAAAGACCAACAGUACGUAAAAAGUUUUGAUGAAAGUAAGAAAAUCUGGAUCGAAUAUUCUUUGUGGCAAUUAUAUCACUUAGAGGCUAAAAGAGAUGAAUUGAAAGAUAGGGUAAAUUCUGGUAAGGAAGAAAUUAAAAAUUUGAAGAAAACUAUAACUAGUGAGGAAAAAAUAUUUAAAAAGGGCAAAGCCGCUCUGGCCAAAAUUGAGUUGAAAAUAACCAACAAAGAGGAUUUUCUUAGAACUUCGAAUACCACAAUUGAAAAGAAAAAUGCCCAACUAUUGCCUAUCAGAAGUAACAAAGAGUCAUUAAAUAAAAAAAUACACAUUUUACAAAGAAGAAUUGAAAGCUAUGAAAGAGACAUUAAUCGCCAAAAGGAGUACAUAGAGAGUUUUAAUCAUCAGCUACGAGUUGUUAGCAACACAAAAAAUAGUUUUGAACAAGAAAUAAAAAACUCUUCAAAUGAAAAGUACCAAUUAUCGGAAGAACAGUUGAAAGAAUACGCGGAGUUGAAAGAUCGUUAUUUGGCUACCGGUGGUUUGAAGUUGGAGGAAAAUAUUCAAUUGAAAAAUAAUGAAAAGCUAGAGAUUAAUGACGAGGUUCAAAAAAUUAACGAACAAAUGGCUAUUUCAGAAGAUAGGAUUCAUGCUUAUUUAGAACCAGAGGAGGAAAAAGUUACUUCAAAAAUUACAGAUUUGGUUCAGUCCUUAAACGACAAAAACGAAGCCCAUUCUAAAUACAGCAGUGAAUUAAAAAGUUUACAAACUUCCAUCCAGUCAUUAAAUAAUAAGGAAGUCGAGAUAAGCUACAGGCUACGUGAUGUGUUAGUUAAAAUUGAUGAUCUGAGUGCUUCUCAAAGGGAGAGUAGAAAAGAAAAGAAUUUAAGAGAAAACGUCAACACUUUGAAAAGGUUAUUCCCUGGAGUUAAAGGCUUAGUUUAUGAUCUCUGUAAGCCUAAAAGAGAUAAAUAUUCUACUGCUGUUUCUACCGUAUUGGGGAAAAAUUUUGAUUCUGUUGUUGUAGAUAGCGUAAUUACUGCUCAACAGUGCAUAUCUUAUUUAAAGGAACAACGUUCUGGUUAUGCUUCAUUCAUACCGCUUGAUACGGUCGAUGUUUUCCCUCCAAGAAGACUUCAAUUGGAUAAUUGUGUUUUAACUAUUGAUGCUAUUGACUAUGCUAAUGAAUUGGAGAAAGCGAUGCAAUAUGUUUGCAGUAAUUCUAUAAUUUGUGAUAACAUGGGCAUUGCCAAAGAUUUGAAAUGGAAUAGAAAGAUAAAUGCGAAAUUGGUUACGUUGGAUGGAUCUUUAAUCCACAAAUCUGGUCUAAUGACUGGUGGUGUGUCUCAAAAUAAUUCCGGUAAUAGGUGGGAUAAAGAAGAAUAUAAGUCUUUAAUAAGCUUAAAAGAUAAACUUGCUGGUGACGUUAGCAAAUUGAAUGAUGAAGUCCGUAUCAAAGCUACUAGAUCAAGAGAAUUGGAAACCAUACUAUCGGUUUUAAACAAUGAAAUUAGUACUUUGAGAAGUCAAAUAAAUCAUAGUAAAAGAAAUUUAAAUGAACUCGAAAUCCAAAUUAAUUAUCACAGAGAAUUGAUUGAAAACGAAUACAGGUCUACUAUUGCUGUCUUACAGUCUAAGUUGGAAUCGUGUGACGAAGAAAUCAAAGCAUACGAAAACGAAAAAGAGGAGUUACAAAAUAGAAGUUAUGAGCAGUUAACCAGUAAAUUGAAUUUCAGCAUACAUGAAUAUGAGAAAAACACUGGUGAAACGCUAAGACAACAAAGCAAGGAGCUACAACAACUUGAAAAACAAAAAAUGGAUAUUUUAAAUAAAAUCGCAUUUGAAAAGGAAAGACUAUUAAGUACAGAAGACCGUCGCGAUCAUAGUAAAUCUGAAGUAAAACGGAUAGAAGGUAAAUUGGCCGAACUGGAUAGUGAAGAACACGAAUUGUUAAGCAUUAUCGAAGAAAAGAAAACUGAGGAACAAAAUUGUAAAAAUGAAAUAGGUCUUCUAAAUGAGGAAUACCAAAAUAGUGAAAAACAUACCAAAUCCAUUGAGGAUAGAAUCAACGAAUAUAUUUCAAUAACGAGUUCUAAAAAAAGAGAAUCUGCAAUAUAUAAGGAGGAUAUAGAACAGAUAGACCAAGAAAGGGUUGAUAUUUUAAAGAAUUGUCAAAUGUCAAAUAUUGAACUUCCGUUAUUAACCUCCUCGUUGGAUGAGUUACCUGUGGAUAGGGUUGAUGAAGAUGUUUUAAACAUUGCUAGAGAUAUUAAAAUAAAUUAUAGUUUGUUACCUGCUAAAUUCAAGGAAAAUGGAUCAAGUAAAAUAAGAGAGGAAUUUGAAGGGAAAAUUGCUGAAAUCGAUGAAAUUUUAUCCACGCUACAACCAAAUUUUCAUGCAUCAGAAAGACUAGGCGAGGUCCAAGGAAAAUUUGGUGAAAUUGAUUCUGCAGUUAAAAAAUUAAGGGCCAAAGAAAAUUCUUUGGCAACUAGAUUUGAAACGGUUAAAAGACAAAGAAGGGAAUUAUUUAUUAAAGCUUUUGAACAUGCUCAAGAACACAUUGAUGUUAUUUAUAAAGAAUUGACUAAGGAUCCACAUUACAAUGUCGCUUUAGGUGGCGGAAGUGCUUCUUUAACUCUUGAAGAUGAAGAUGAACCAUACUUGGCUGGUAUUAGAUACCACGCAACCCCUCCCUUAAAGAGAUUUAAGGAAAUGCAAUACUUAUCGGGUGGCGAAAAGACAGUUGCUGCAUUAGCUCUAUUAUUUGCUAUAAAUUCUUACCAGCAAAGUCCAUUUUUUAUUUUGGAUGAAAUCGAUGCAGCGUUAGAUAUUUCCAAUGUUGAAAAAAUUGCUAGGUAUAUAAAAAAAUAUUCCAAAAUUAAUUCCCAAUUUAUCGUUAUAUCUUUGAAGAAUACCAUGUUUGAAAAAUCAGAUGCGUUAAUUGGUGUUUUUAGACAACAAAACUUGAAUAGUUCAAGAGUUUUGACAUUGGAUUUAAGUGGCUAUUCAUGA